AUCCUCCACGGACAGGCAGAUGGAGCAAGCUUCGCUGUUGCGUUAUAGCGUGCGUUCAGACAGUCCGAUGUGAUUCGGUGCAGCGGGCGAAGCGGGUGCAGCAUGGUGAACGGUGAACGGCGAGCGUGAACGAGCGACAGUAGUAGUAGAACGUACGAGCGCAAGCGGGACGGUGCGGGUGCGGGUGCGGUCGUAUUGGCCGUAUUGCGCUUGGUGUUGGCCCGACGACUAUGCGCUUCUAGCAGUGUUUGCUCCUGCAAGCUCGCGAGAACGUAAUUCGGACGGCGCCAGCUGGUCGUAAAAGCUUCUUCCUAGUGAUCAGUGUUGCUUCCUGUGCCGCUCUCGCACGUCGACCUGGCAAAAUGUAAUUUUCACGAGCCGGACGCGGACGUUUGCCGGACGAUUUCCCUGGAGCCAACGGGAACCAUCGCAACGCCACGGUCGCCACUCAUCCGUAAGCCUCACACGUAUCACACUUCCGUUGACCGGUCGUAAAGCCUUCAGUGAUACAACGCUGACCGCAAGAGCGACGAAGACAAGAAAUCGAAAAGAUAAGUAGCCGAAAAGUGCAAGUGAAGAAAAAAACGGCAAUGACAGGUCACGCGGUGGAAGAUCACAGGAUAUCGUCACGGUUGUGGAGAACGAGAUUCUUGGGCCAACCGGCCUGAGAUAUGCCAGCUAUAGCGGUAACACCUCUGUCCUCAACGACACCCUCGUCGCUCUCGACCGGAACAGCGGAGCAGUGUCGACCGGCUGCUUUGUCGACGUCCUCGUCGUCCUGGGGUUGCCGGGUCUACGCGACGCGACGCGAUCUCUUCGUAUCAGCGACCGUCGAUCCGCGUCCAAGCAGAGCAGUGCACUGUCCGGAUUUGAACGCCUGCCUGGUGAACGAGUCGCGUCCGGGACGCGAACAAGUGGACUGUCAGACGAUCCACUUCGGCUACGCGAUACCGAUUAACGUCGUGCCCGUCCGCGAGAGCCCCGAGCUCGUGGAACUGGUGUUGGACCAGUCCGACGAUUUGAGCAGCCGGGCGGCGAGUUUCCUGCUGAACCAUCAUCCGCAGCUGCGCCCGUGCCGACGACAGUGCUUCUAUGAGAUGGCCGCUACAGCCAAGCACGAUCUACGUCGCAAGUUUCCCGCGGACACGUCCAGCUCCGGCGAGGAGGACAUCGCCGCGAUCGCCAAGCAGAUCAGCGAUCACGCGGAGGCGAUUUAUCAGACAUGGAAGAGUCGUGGUUUAGCGCCGACGGAGAUCCUGACCUGCCACAGCAACGCGACCGCCGUCGACAAGUUCGGCAGCGCAUUGACGCCCUCCAACUCCCCCGCUGCUGGAAACACCGCCGCCGGCAACAAUAUCGGCACUAAGACAGCGUCGCGGUCACCGUCACCCUCCCCGUCGCCGUCGCUCGGUCGCUCUUCCCCGACCGCGGUGGAUAUAUUAGUUCAAACGCCCAACUUGGACAAUGGUAACCUUGAGAAGCUAGUCAACAAUUUUGUGGUGGAAGAUAAAGCGAGGAUAGCCGCCUCGAAGCAGAGGUCAUCACCGAAGCCAUUACCAUCUUCCAUACAGUUCGCCCUGCAGAAGUUCGAGAGGAACUCCGUGCAGCAGCAGCAGCAGCAACAGCAGCAGCAGCAGCAGCAGCAGCAGCAGCAACAACAACAACCGUCGCCACCCGCGAAGAAUAACGUGACUGACGGCUCGAAGAAGCUGACUGGCAUCCUGUUGUCUCCUACCUCGCCAUUUUCGAACAAACCGUCGCAGAUAGUAAAGCCCCAGGUACCCGCCAAGACACCCAGCUCUCACCACUGCGAAGUUCUCUUGGAGACGAUCGAAACCACCUUCCCGGUCGACCUGACACCCACCAAAAGAUUGACGCAGCAGAAGAGGCCGACGAGCACGUUAAUCGCAUCGUCGCCCAGCAGUUCCUCGUUAGACAUCGACCAGUCGCACUCGACGGGCUCGGGAUUGACGACGUGGCCGUUGAAAAACAAACUGAACGAUGCCAAAAGAAUCACGGACGCGUCUCGCACGAAGCCAAUUGCUAAGACGCCUCAGCCGGAAGAUAUCGCAAGAACAUUAUCCGCGAAGGACGAGAAGAGAUCGCUCGUGAUGGAGAAAAACUCGCGAUGCGCCUACCUCGACGAGGUCGCGCGGGAGGAGGAAAGACUGAUAAAUGCUUUAAAGACAGGCGCGGUUAUCAGUGAGGAACCUGACAGGACCACAGCGUGUGCGCGCAGUAGACAAAAGCCGGCCAUCAAACGGGAGAAGCCGAAGGUUGAGCCGGUGAAACAAAUCAUUAUCGGCCACAAUCAUCACGGAGCUGCUGGUUUGACGGUAGCGAACUCGGUGAUAAGCACAGCGAGCGUUAGCAGUAUUACCACCGCCACUGCCGCCGCUGCCGCUGCCGCUGCCGUCGUACCUGUUGGCCAUAUUCCGCUAGUCAAUGAGUCCAAGACACUCAGCAAGGAUGACCUGUCCACUAUGUCGGCGGUGGACUACGCUAAGGUCAGGUACCAGGCUGCUCAGCAGAAUCCGCCGACCCAGCAGCGACUCGAGGAACAGAGGGCUUCCGGACAUCCGUACAAUUCUACGGAGCAAUUGGUCUCCAGCGCGAGAUCCAAGUUCGAGAUGGAGAUACGUAAGGACAAGGACGUGAAAGAGUGGACGCCAGUGAACGUAGACGGUGAUAACAGAUGGAGGCCGAGAAUCACUUCCCCGCGGCCGCGGCUGGAGCAGGCCGUGCCUCAUCCGGAACUGACCAGCCAACAGAAGCAGCACAUCAGAGCGGUCGCGGCCACGGGGACGGGCAACAAUCCCGUCAGACCGUUCCUCACCAGAGGCUCCGUGGCGGAGCGCGUGCUCAUCUUCGAGAAAUGUCCGAGCGAGCUGCUGUUGGAUAAGCGUGGGCCCCGUCAGCCGGCCAUCAAUACGUGGAGAAGCGGUCACGAGGUGCAGAGCAAGGCUCAGACUUACACAAGAGAAAAGACUCAGCAGAAGAGCUUGCCGCCGCAUACAACGCUACAGAGGCAGGUGAAAGCCAAUAGGAAUGUUUACAUACCGAGAUUUUAUUUCCCCGGAGGGAAACCAACCCCUCUCUCACAAUUGGAAACCACCAUCUCGAAGAUCACCGCCGCUUUCCAAAGCUUGCCAAAUUGUCGUGCUUUUCGCGCGCAAUUUCAUACCAUCACGAAGGCAUGUGACUUGCCAUUAUAUUGGAAAAUACCGCUCUUUUUGGCAGCAGACGGUGAUCCGAAAGGAUACGUCGAGAUGAAUGCAUUCUUGGAAUUUUGGAAAGAACUAACAAGUAUUCACCACGACGCAGCUAGUAAAUUUAUCAAAAUAGUCACUCGGGGAAAACAAAACUACAUACUCCCGGAGGAUUUAAUCCCACUUGUGCAGGAUGUGGUGGAAACGCAUCCGGGAUUGACAUUCUUGAAAGAAGCCACGGAAUUCCAUUCCCGCUAUGUGCACACGGUGAUCGCUAGGAUAUUUUACUGCGUGAAUCGAAGUUGGAGCAGCAAAAUUUCGAUCGCGGAGUUAAGAAGAAGCAAUCUUUUAUCCGUAAUCGCUGUGCUUGAACACGAGGAAGAUAUCAAUCAAGUUACAGCCUACUUCAGCUACGAGCACUUCUAUGUGAUAUAUUGCAAAUUCUGGGAGCUAGAUCGUGACCAUGAUCUUUUUAUAGAUAAAAUGGAUCUAACGAGGCACAAUGAUCAUGCGUUGUCGACACGAAUGAUUGAGAGAAUAUUUAGCGGUGCAGUGACAAGACCCGGAGGAGUCAAAAGCAGUAACGGCGUGCAACAGCCGGAAGAUAAAAUGAGCUAUACAGAAUUUGUUUGGUUUCUUCUUAGCGAGGAAGAUAAAAAUCACCCGACUGCCAUUGAAUACUGGUUUAGAUGCAUGGAUCUCGAUGGCGAUGGUUAUUUGUCGAUGUACGAAUUGGAGUACUUUUAUGAAGAGCAGCUACAUCGAAUGGAAGCUAUCGGUCUGGAAACAUUGCCUUUUGAGGAUUGUCUUUGUCAAAUGUUGGAUAUGAUUCAUCCGGCAACACCAGGCAAGAUAUCGUUGAGCGAUUUGAAAAAGUGUAAGAUGACGUCUAUUUUCUUCGAUACUUUCUUCAACCUAGAGAAGUACCUAGAUCACGAGCAAAGGGAUCCGUUUGCUUCGACGAGGGAUCACGAUGCAGACGGUCACGAGCUCUCGGACUGGGAUCGUUUUGCAGCAGAAGAGUACGAGUUGUUGGUUGCUGAAGAGAGCGGCAAUGAACAACAUGAACAAACGUCAUACAAUAUUGCGUCAGGGGACGCAUUAUCGCCAAAUCUGGACAUUCUAAUGGACGAUUCAAUGGAUAUGGUUAAGGGCGCAAAUUUGUUAACAAAUUCAUUGGAUAUCCAUACGCAACAGCGGUCAAAGCAGGACGAUAGCGGCGACAGCGACGAUUAUGCCGACAGCGACAAUUAAUUUUUUUAAGGCAGUACAUUUUUCGAUAACUUAGUUGAUAGAAGAGUUACGAAAACAACAGAGCCGGUGUUACAAAUUGGCCGAGCCGGAAUCCGUCAGCUGAUGUAGUCCGCUGGCACACGCUAUCAUUAUGUAAAGUCCACCAAUUGCGACAUAGCCGGAUAUCUUUCUUCGCAUUAUUGAUACUGCAAACUACACUCUCGAUAACUUUUCAAACUCAAGCGUCCAUGCAACCGUUAAUCGUGUCCCCUUCUAUUCAAACGCGAUAUUUCGUUCAUUAAUAUAUGCACUGGUCUAGUACAUUGCAAAGUACAUGAUUGCACACAGUACAAAUAGAAUAUGUAGAUAUUUCAAGAUACUGCAAUGUUACAGUAUAUAUAUAAACAUAUAUACACGUAUACAUACAUACAUAUAUAUUCGUAACGAUGUAAAGUCCAUUAGAGGAAUCUGACCACUGCUGCCCAACCAUGUGAUACAUAGAGUGCUGUUCAAUACGCACAGCAUACGUCGUGUAUGCUAAAUUGUACAUAAAGCAUUAUAUCGACCAUCGACUCUUAUUUCUGGUCAUCGCAAGAGUCGAAAAUACGAAUCUCAAACCACGUUGAAAUCUAUAUGUACUCUCAUGAAUUCGUAAUCGUCAAUUUGAAGAAUCUGUAUAGCUAAUGACACUUUUGUACAAGAGUCAAUUGCAAUAUAAGUUGUUUUUUCAAUAGUGUACUCGUAUACAUACGAACGUGCACCUUGUAAAUACACACUGUGUAUUUAAAAAAAAAAAAAAAGAAAUCGAUAGGAAUCGGAGUAGUAAAUUAUUUUGUAUAAUACUGUCUCUUCUGUAGAGAUGUGUGAGGAUCCACAACGGAUGGUAUCCCUUGUAGAACGAAUUCGUUGUUAUUUGUACUUGUAUGUUGUGCACGAAACGCGUUUUUAAGUAGUCGAAAACAAGAAAGAUACGCAGUAUAAUCUCCUCGGGCGUCGAAAAAGAGGCAGAGCAGAUUAUUUUCCUACAAGUUUCCACUUUCUCUCCACGUUACGUGCUAUUAUCAUAUCAGAUCUAUUAGUAACUAUGAUAGAACACGUUUAUAAAGAUCCAAUAUGUAUACCAGAUCUGAUACACACACAACACACAGACAGACACACAUACAUGUAAAGGUGCUUACUAAGCUAUUAUAUAACAAAUUCUGUAUAUUUAAUGGUAGAACGAUGAUUGAAAUGUUAUCGAUGCUUUCGUUUCCUAGUCACACGUUUAUGUAAUUACGUUUGAAGGCGAUACAUUUACUUUAUGUAACGAGUAAAAUGAGUCUCGAUUUUUAUAUACAUUUUUUUUAUGUGAAAUGUCACAAGUGCAUAUAUCUGAUUUAAGUUUUGCUAGAAAGUAUAUGUUACUUUUCUUCCUCCAGUGAUUUAACUGUGAGUCAGCUGGAAUACCUGUAUAAAAUGGAAUAAGUUACAUAGUAGCGCGUGUCUCUUCUCUGGCGCGUGUAUAUCAAUUUUAAUUUAAUAUAUGUACAAAUAUAUUAAAAUAAUAUUAGCAUGUUAUGUUCGUAUAUGUAUAUGCGAUAUAUUAUAUAUUCGACGCUCUUCGACUCUCCUUCGGUCUUCUGCGUUUAAAGCGCUCGUGUAAGAGCACCAAUGACUAGCAUGUCCCAUAAUAUUAAUAACAAGAUUAAUCGGCCUGCAAACGAUUUCCGAUGUUCCGAUGCUUUGAAUUCGUAAGCAUGAAAUAUAACGGAAAUCGUUGGUAGAACCUUAUUGUUAGAAAAUGCGAUUGACUAUAUAUUUAUAAUUAAGUAAUAUUCUUCAUCGGUUUAUCGUAACGCUUAAAGCUUCUUUAUUACUACAGAGUGAUUAUAUUAUGUUAUAUAUCGUAUCGCGUCUUAACAAUAUUACAUAUCUUUAUGAAAAAUAUCAUGUAUACACAAGCCAAAGAAACGACGUUCUCUCUUAAGCGCGAAAGACUAAAUGAACAUUGUUGCAGUACAUUGUUCAUUUGUUCACAUUGAACAUUUCGAACGAUUUAAAUUAGUUCGAAAAUUCUAAAACGAGAAAUGAAAACGUACGAAAUAUAUACGCCUUAUUUUUCGCCAUA